AUGGCUGUGGCGGAGCGGAGCUCCCACGCCGGAAUGAAGCUGGGUUACCGAGAUGGGGUUCUAGUUGGGGGGGUGGAGGCCAUUCCAGUGGAGGUGGUGGAGCGGAGCUCCCACGCCGGGUGUGAGCUCAUCACCGAGUCUGAGGUUCCAGCUGAUACGGCAGUGGAGCUGAGGCCCCACCAAGCCUGGGAGUCCCGCCGAGGCUGUGGUGGAGUGGGGGUUGACCCAUCAGGCUCAUACUUCUCAUGGAAAGUGCCUGCUAAGGGGAAGAAUGUUUCUAAUGCAAAGGCUUUCCUUGAGAAGAGGUACAAAAUUGGUUGCAAGGCUAAUAUCGAAUGA